CCAGUCCACUCGAAAUGGCACCCAAAUCCAAGUCCAUCUUCAGGCAGCCCGGCGCACAACACUUCCAGCUCGUACAUCGAUCACAGCGUGACCCUCUCAUUCAUGACCCGGAGGCUAGCCAACAUGUUCUCAAAGCCUUCGUCCGAGAGAACGAUAAAAAGGGGAAGUCAAGAGCAGACCUCGAAAAACUCAUCUCCCCCACAGAUUUAGCACACGAUGCUGAACGCCCCAACAUCGGCGAGGCAUCUCUAUACGGUGUCUACUUCGACGAUACAGAGUACGACUACAUGCAGCAUCUUCGCCCCGUCGGUGUUCAGGAAGAUGGUGUCGACUCCGUCCUUGUUGAAGCCCCCGCACAAUCAAAAUCUAAAAGUAAAGGCAAACAACGAGAUGACGCUCCUAUAACCCUCCGAGACCUCCCUGCCGAAGCUUUACCCUCUACCUCUGAAUUACCCCGGAAUUACGAAAGCCAGGAAGCCGUCCCGAGCUCAAUCGCUGGUUUCAGGCCGGAUAUGGAUCCUCAUUUGAGACAAGCUUUGGAGGCGUUGGAAGACGAUGCAUUCGUGGAUGAUGGACUAGACGACGAUUUCUUCGGAGAGUUGGUGCAGGAUGGAGAAAGGAGUAUUAACGAGCAGUUUGGGUUUGAUUUUGCGGAGGAGGGUUUGAAUGAUGAAGAGGCACGGUUACAGAUGGAGGAAGCGUUAGAGGACGAGGGUGAGGGUGAGGAAGAGGAUGACGAUUGGGAAGCCAGGUUCGCCAAGUUCAAAAAGGUCCAGGCGAAGGAGGCAGCUGCGGCUGCUGCAUCCGACGAUGAAGACAUGUUCUCAGAGGGCGCAGAUACGAUCGGAAACCUCCCAGAGUUCUCCGUUAUUGGUGGGAAGAAGCGUAGGAAGGGCACAUCUGAUGCAUCAGGAUAUAGCAUGAGCAGCUCGUCUAUGUUCCGGAAUGAAGGCCUUCGGACGCUGGACGACCGGUUUGAUCAGAUCGAGAAAGAGUACGCCGAGGACGAUGAAGACGAGAUGCCAGACGACUCAGACUCAGACGAGUCAGAGGCCCCUCAACUCAUCACCUCUCGCGAGGACUUUGACUCCAUGAUGGACGAAUUCUUGGACAAGUACGAAAUUUUGGGUGGGAAGAUGAAACCUUCACUACCGGGCACCGGUGCAGAAAAGCUCGAAACACUGCGUACAGCUCUGGGCCAGGGGCGGGUACGAGAGCCAGGGAGUGAUGAAAGUGAUAUCGAGGAGGACGAUAUGCUCGCGGAAUGGGCAAAGGAGGAUAAGAAGGAGAGGUGGGAUGUGGAGACCGUUCUCACCACACAUACCAAUCUAGAGAACCACCCACGACUCAUUCGAGCUCGUACAUCAAAGCCUGUACCUAAGAUUCAUCUUGAUCCUAGGACAGGUCUCCCCACGGUGACGGACACCGCAUCGCCACCUACAAAGAAACAUCCUUCGAAGAACAACAUUACUUCCGCUCCUUCCUCACAGGAGGAUACACUACCCGCGCGAGCAACGGUCGCCCGCCCCCGCGACGAAUCAAAAGAGGAGAAAAAAGCCCGCAAGCAAGCCGUCAAGACCGAGCGACAGGGUCGUCGUGUCGAGAAGAAGGCUACGAAGCAGGAGUUCAACGCUGCGAUCAAGCAGCAGACGAACAUCUUGGCUGGCAAGGACAUCAAGACGCGCAAGCUCUAGGCUUCUUGACAAUGACAGACUUGGAGUUCUCCCAUGUUGUUUGUAUGAUCUGAUUUUCUGUUGUAUUUGCUAGGAGUGUUUUGCCUUACGGGAUGUCUUGACG